AUGGAGUUCGGCCCCAUCCCAGCCACGAAGUUCGACGCCGUGAUCGACCAUCUGCGACGCAGCUUCCCUGACGAGCCGUUGAACGCCUCCGUAGGCCUCAGCGUACGCGGCCAGCCUUGCGAGAUGCUCGAGAAGUACGACUUGCUCACCAUGCAGGAAGGCAUGUCGGUGAUGGCGCUCGAUCCGGAUACUGGAGAGAUAGCAGGAGUUGCGUUGAACGGAACUUCUAGAAUAGGUGAUGCAGAGAGGACCCUUGAAGAAAUGAAGAGCGUUGACAGCAUUCCUUACCAACGAAUUUUUGGCCUAUUGAACACCACCAACAAGGAAUUGGAUUUAUUCAGUAAAUAUGGAGUCGAUAAGAUUUUUGAUCUACGGAUACUCUCGGUAGACAACAAAUACAGAGGAAGAGGACUUGCCAAAGAACUGUUCGCAAGAAGCGAACUUAUAGCAGAAGAAAAUGAUUUUAAGCUCCUGAAAGUCGAUGCAACAAGCCUUUUCACCCAGAGGAUAUGCGAGAGCUUUGGUCUAACAGUGGAGAAAACAGUGAGGUACCAUGACUUCCAUGAUGAAAAUGGACGCAAAAUCUAUGAUACUGAAUCUCCACACGAUUUCUAUAAAGUCAUGGUGAAACGGUUACCAUCGACAGUGAAUAGAAUUAAUUGA